UGCUGCAUUUCCGCGACCCUUAUUCGACUGAUCAUCCAUUCGGAGCAUUGGCCAACAGCAAUGGUUGAUCUCGUGGCAGGCCUUGGCAAGACUUGCCCUAAAAUCAAAGAAUUUCGUUGUUCGACACCACCCGCUAGUUCAUGCGCCACACUCCCCGACCUCGUCACUUGCUGGGGUGAUUUGGAGAUCUUGGAGAUGGGAGCAGUGAACGCACCUGCAUUGAAGCUGAGGGAGCUGGAGAUAAUCGUGCCAGAAGGACACAGCCUGGAACAGGCAUCGACGUCCAGCGUUAUAUUUUCGUUGGACGAGUUCAAUGUAAUCACUCGAAGAUGCGACUCGCUUCUCGCUUUUUGACGCCAUUGAAAAUUUCUGCGAGGAGCGUUCAGCUGGAGAUCAAAACAGCUCUGAACGCAGUUCAUCUCGACCACCUCCUUUCCUCCCUCACAGAGCAUUUCAAGCCCAAUGUUUUAGAAUCGUUGGAUGUUCAGGAUUCUCGCCCGGGACGCGCUGAGUUCCACAAUUACGCCCUUUCCCCAUUGACUGCUUCCGCCUUCCAAAGGCUACGUGCCUUCACAGGGCUCACCAGACUCAAUCUCGGUUCCAUGUAUAUUUCUAUCACCGACGACGAAGUUCUAGGCCUCAUUUCUACGUGGCCUCAAAUAGAAGAGUUUUACCUUGGCACGACGUGGGACUGGGGAGCUCUGCGCUUCGGCGUGACAUUUCGCGGCCUUGGGGGUAUCCUCGAGCGCUGCCCAAAUCUUCGAUUGCUGAGGGUCAACCUAGACACCUCUGCCCCCCAUGACUUACCUGUCUAUGUCGAUCACCGGUACAUUGGCAUCACCAGGGAGAAAGUUACUUUCCUGGGCGUCGGGUAUGCGGAGUGCAACGUUGUGGAGGCCAUUGGCAACCUACUAGGUGCGAUGUGUCCCAACUUGCGCCAGAUCGAUCGUGCGUGCCUCUUAAGUUUAGUUCAUGAAAGUGAUGUUUUUUAUGAUAAAUGGCCAAAGCGGUAGACAACUGGAAAGAGGUCAAAUGUGUCAUCACUCAGAGGAGAAUGGGGCAACUGCAGAAGAGCAAUGUGUAGUUCAGUUGUGUACCAGAGGUUGUGUACUUGUAUUCCAGCAGUGUAUCGGGUAACAAACACAUAUGCUUUCAUGUU